GAACGUGGAAAAGCUGCUCACCGCUCAAGCAGCAGCCAGAGAGGAGAAGUGCGAGCGGCGAGAACAGCCUGACCGAGCGGAGCGGGCCAAGGCAGGAGCUCCGGGACAGGAACCGGGACACGGAGACACAGAGUGAGAUGAACACAGCGGGGAGAGGCGCUUAGAUAAAACAGACAGGCUCUGUGCAGUGAAGCGAAUCUGCCGCGGAACGUCCAGAGAAUUACGCACGAACGCGCCAGUUCAAGGUGUACCAACUUUUACGCACGGACCUUUUUGGAGAUGCGGGGUUUCACUUAUGAGAAGAAUGCUGCAUUAUUGUUACAUAUCAUUGAGGUUUCGGAACGAGUGCUUGUAAACUGAUCAUUUCUGAUUGGAGUUUUGACUGGAGAGCAGACGCAUCGAGCACUUUGGCACUUUGCAUAUUCUUGUUUGUUUUUUGUUGGGUUUUUUUGUUUGUUUGUUUUUUCACACACACACACACCUUAGAAGACGUCGUCGGGAUCUCAGCGCGGGCUUAUUGGGAGUCUCUCUCAUACUGUAGACUGACAUCAUAAGAAUUGUGCGGUUGUAGCCUUCGUGUACCACAACACUCUCCGUUACGCACCUGUACCACAGCACCCUUGAUGUCUCCCCGUGAGAGUUUUCACAACAGAGAUAUGGACACAGUCAGACGUCUAGCCUGCGCGUGAGUCACCGUGAGCAAACACUCGGACGAGCGGCGCUUAUAAACGGUGAUACAUUUGAGGAUAUUUAAUCAGUGCGUGCCUUGCACAAGCGGCCAGCACACGAAGCUGGGACGUGGCUCGGUGCAGCCGGGGGAUUGGACGCCGAGGUGCUAAAUGUCCAGCCGGUCGCUUGCGGCUCCUCAGGCUGGGCGGCAACAUGAGGUCCUGGGUCCUGCUGCUGCUACUGGCUGCGCUCUCAGCGGCCCGUCUGCGGCUCGGAAGCGCUGAGAGUGAGCCGCUCCCUCCGUCGCUGGUCGACCUGGUGAGGAACUCCCCCAUCUCCUCUGUGGACGACCUGAAGCUGCUGCUGCAGCAGGAAACCAAUGCCAUAGAAGAAGAAGAAGAUGAAGAAGUAGUAGAACACGAGCGUGAUAUCCUCACAAACCACACCCAUGGCCGAUACACCAGAAGUCUUGUAGAGGCACAGCCGGCCCAGCAGGCGGCAUGUAAAGUUCGGACAGAGGUGAUGGAGGUGACGAGGUCUAUGCUGGACCGCCGCAACGCCAACUUCAUGUUAUGGCCGCCCUGCGUGGAGGUGCAGCGAUGUUCGGGCUGCUGCAACACCAGGCUGCUGCAGUGCGUCCCCACCGUCACCUCCAGCAGAUACCUGCAGGUGAUAAAGAUCCAGUACAUAAACAGAAAACCGCAAUAUGACAAAGCUAUCAUCUCAGUGGAAGACCAUGUCAGCUGCAGAUGCCAACCAGCCUCAUCUUCCUCCUCGUCUGUUCCCAUCACUCGUUCCUCAGUUCAGAGCAACCCCAACCCAGUUUCACCUCAGCAGCCUCCCCAAUCCUCCCACCUUCCCCUGGCUGUCCCCCGGCCUGUCCACCCUGCUCCACCCAAGAUUCACGCUUCGAAGGCUGACCUGCAUCGCCAUGACGACCUGAAACACAACCAGCAGCACUACCACCCAGAGGAGCGUGAGCCAGCGGCAAGGCAGUGGCAGCAGGGCAGUUAUACACAGCUGGUGCACUGGACGCAGCCCAGGCUGCACCAGGCACCCACACUUGUUCAGCCAGGGGUGCACCAGCCAAUUGUUGGGGUGUUUGGGCUGGCCAGCAGCUCGCCGUCUGAAGCCAGGGCGGAGCAUAGUGUCAUGGGAAGUACACAGCAGGUCGGGCAUGGCAGCGGGUAUGACGGGAGCAGGGAGGAAAGUGGCGUGCAGGUGGCAAACGGAGGUGGAGAGGUGCACCAUCCAGAUCACAUGCAAAGGCAGCAACAGUUGUUGCAGCAUCAGCAAGGACAACAGCUUCAGCAGCAGCAGCAGUAUCAGUAUCACCACCAGCCCCAUCAUCCACAGCAGCACAACCACGGAGCAGUGGAGGACCAAGAGCUGAGGACACAGUAUCGACUCAACGCUCCCCAGUCAGACAGCGCCUCUCCGUCUGGCAGUCCAACCCAACCUCCCAAAUUAGAACAAAAUCCCACCCCUCCCAUGACUACCUUUCAGAAAGAGUCUGUGACCAGCCAAAAACAUACAGAGGUCACAAUUCACAGACAGACUGAGACUCAAACAGCCGGUCAAAAAGAAAGGAAUGAGAGGGAGGAAAGUGGGUCGGCCAAUAGUGGGGACACGGCUGGGGCAGAGCUGGCCAGUCAGGGGAAGGAUAAAGACUCAAAACUGACCAGUGGGGACGGUCAUUUAACAGAGGGGGAGAGGAGACAGAAAAUUCUGGAGACGGUACAGAAGGAACUGGAUCGAGAGACUCAUCUUCAUCCGCAUCAUCCUCAGCAAAGACCAAAGCCGACCACAUUUAAAACAGCCCUCUCCACUGCGGCCCCCAUCGUGCCCUCAGCCCGCCGGGCUCCCUUCCGACCAGCGUCGCAUCGCCGCAGGAGGAAACACCGGAAACGCAUCAGCAAAGCGGCCAUCAGAGCCAUGAUCAUGUAGAGCUGCAGGAAUGGUAAAGCUAACUAAAAGCUUUUGGCCAGACACAUUGCACCAAAGGAAUAUGGGAUUGUUCACUGUGGGAUGACUGACUCUGUGGACAGAUGCUGAGGACUCAGCAGAGGUGAUGGACACUCCUGCCGUUUCCAAUGACCAGCUUUAGAUCAAGUCACCAUUCCUGCUGCAGAGCAUCCAGCUUCAUGGAUAUAACAGAAGUGCAAUCUUAUGAAUUCCCUGGAAGAGAGGAUACUUGUCACACUAAACACUGGAUUUCAUUUGUAUAAACCACAAAUCCCAUUAACUUGGAUCGAUGGAAGCCUAUCAGAUGCCCAAAGCUAGACUGAUGGCCUUGCAGUUGGUAGCCAUUGAUUGGCUGCGUCAAUACUUUGGACUUCUAGCUCAACUACUAAUUGGUCCACAGAUGGAGAACUCGGACUUUGACUUGGACUAACAAGUCGUUAUUGGGGGCUAAAUGUGGAGCUCAAGAUGAAACCAGAGAGUUGUGGAGAACUAGAUUUCUAUACUGGGACGAUAACUGGAAACUGGAGAGUGCAGCUCAGGCCUCAAUGCCAAACAUUACUGUUAUCCUACAAUGUCUGAAUCUAACUUUAUCUAACACUGGAGUAGCCACACACUGAUCAUACUACAUUGACUAGAGAAGUGCUCUACCGUGUACUGUAGCUUGAUGUACUGGAAAAUAUCGAUAACCUGCUCAUUUUGUACUACUGCCAGAUCAAAAUGGAAUAACAACCAAAUGCCUGCCUAGAUAACAUGCUAUGAAUAUCCACAUUAAAGCACGUCUUAAAGACCUGGCUUUUAGAGAUCGCUGUGAGCCAGUUAUAGCCAACACUGUAUGUAUAAAUGCUUUUAGAAAAUGAUUUCUGGGAGGGGAGGGGAGAAAAAGUUUAUUUCUUAACUUAUUUAAAAAAAGGAGGAUAUGAAGUCCUCCAGUUCUCAAGUGUAAUUAUUGUUGCAAAUAUGUUUCAGAUUAUAAUUAUUGGUUGUACAACUGUUACUGUUAUGAAUGUUAUUUUUAAUAAAAAA